GUCGACUCGUGCGAUGACGAACGGUGAGUUCUUCCAAGGAUUUUGUGGAGAGUUAGGGUUAAUCCAAACCCUAUAGAGAGAUCGAUCAUCCGGUAGCCAUGGUUGCAUGCUCCCUUCCCUCUUCCAUGAUCGCAAUCCCAAAUCGCCGCUCUUCGGCGGAUCUCUUCCGCUCAUGGAAUCUCGUCUUUGUUCCUUGUCUCCGUUCGAAUUCCUCUUCUCGCUUUGUCUACUCGGCUUCCGCAUCCUCUCGCAGCAUCGGCCGGCUGCGAGGUGCGCCGGUGCGGUUUUCAUUUACCGAAGGCGACAGGGGCUCAUCGUCUGCUGCCGAUUCAUCUGCCGCCGAAGAAGCACAGGAGGCCGUGGUGGAGAUUCUGCGGGAAUGCGGAGCUUCCGAAGAGGAGUCGGUUUACAUCGCUUCCAAUUCUAGGGGUUACUUGGAGAUGCUCAUUGGGAACGUCCAAGAACUGGACGAGCACAGCCUAUGGGGUUCUUGGAAUAGGGAGGUUGCGGAAGAGGGCGUUGAUUUGAAUAGUUGCAGUUUUAGGCAGAAGGUAUACUAUAUGGCUAGAAGAAAAGGAGAUAAAGGCAUUCUUCCAUUUCUCGAGAGCAUUGGCAUUAAGUUUUCAUCUGCUUUGCUUAUUGCUAGAUAUCUGUCUAUGGAGAAGCUUCCUGAGCUAAUCAAUAAGGUGAAUUUUGUGAAAGGAAUUCUGUUUCCAAGCACUAACAAUGAGGCAUUUAUUGGAAAAAAUGCAAGAAGAAUGAUGAUGUAUUUGUCAAUUACUGCAGAUGACGAUGUUCAGCGCACUUUGUCUUUUUUUGAAAAGAUGGAGGCAAGGCAAGGCGGCCUAAAUAUGUUGGGUAACAGGGAUGCCUCUUUCUGCUACUUGAUUGAAUCAUUUCCAAAGCUUCUUGUCUUAUCAGUGGAUAACCAUUUUAAACCAUUGGUCAACUUCCUUGAACUAGUUGGAGUUCCUAAAGAAGGCAUUUCAACUAUACUGUUGACAUUUCCUCCUAUCUUAUUCUAUGACAUUGAGAAAGAUCUGAAGCCAAAACUUCAUGGAUUAGCAAAGGCAGGUGCCGAAGAGACGGAUAUUGCAAAGAUGAUAUUGAAAUAUCCUUGGCUUCUUUCAAGCAGCAUUCAGAAGAAUUAUAACAGGCUGCUAGCAUAUUUUAAUGUAAAGAAGAUUCCAAAAGCCAGCUUUGACAUUGCAAUUAAAAGUUGGCCUCAUGUAUUGGGUUGUUCGACUUCAAAGAUGAAGUCAAUGGUGGAGCAAUUUGCUGAACUUGGUGUUAGUAGGACGAUGAUGGUUCCAGUUAUUACUUCCAGUCCACAGCUUCUUCUCAUGAAGCCUAAGGAAUUUCUUGAGGUUGUAUCUUUCAUGGAAGAAUUUGGUUUUGAUAGUACAACAAUUGGUAGAAUCUUACGUCGCUGUCCGGAAAUAUUUGCUUCUAGUAUUGAAAAUACACUCAGGAAGAAAGUCCAAUUCCUUAUGGAUUUUGGUAUCUCAAAAGACCGCCUUCGUCGGGUUAUCAGAAAAUAUCCAGAGAUGCUUCUUUUAGACACAGAUAAUACAUUACUUCCCAGAUUGAGAUUUCUGAUGAAGGUUGGGCUGUCAAAGAAGGAGGUAUGCUCCAUGAUAUGUAGAUUUUCCCCUAUCUUAGGUUAUAGCAUUGAAGUUGUUUUAGAACCCAAGCUCGAGUUCCUCUUGCGCACCAUGAAAAAGCCACUCAAGGAAAUAGUUGAAUAUCCAAGAUACUUUAGCUAUUCACUGCACAAGAAGAUAAGGCCCAGGUUCUCGGUGCUGAAGAGUAGAAAUCUCGAUUAUAGUUUGGAAGACAUGCUAUCUAAGAACGAUGAGGACUUUGUACGUGUGUACAUGGGUGUUGAAGUGCCUCUUGUGGUGCCCUCAGUUACGUCAAAAGAUGCUGCAUAGGAGAGGGAUGUCAAAUCAUUUUGGAAAAAUCUCCAAUGCCUUUGAAUUAUCAUAUAUUUUGCAGAACAAGGCUUGUCUGUUCCACCAAAUUUCCCUGAGGACGGUCACGAUUAUGUGCAAUCAUACAAAAGGGGUGCUACUGAUGAAAAGCCACGCCGGUCGAUCUAAAUGUGACCCUGCUGCCCUAUGUACUGGCUCGAAGAUAGAAAAUGUUUCAGAUAUUUCAGUGUCCUGAGUUUGCAAGGUUAUACGAAUCUGACCCUGCUGCAACAUGAACAAUGAGGUGGUGCGGGAUAAAAUGUCUCAAUGAGUGUAUACUUCUUUUACUCUAGAGAAAAGAACAAAGCGUGGAGGCAAAUCAAACAAUGAUCAAGUAUUGUUCACCUAUCAUAUUUAUUAGGUUUUGCCACGGGUUAGUGAGAAUCUGUUUGUUUUGUAAUAGGAACGCUUCAUGAAGUGCCUUUGAAAUUUUUGUCGAUUAA